AUGACUAUAUACGUCAAUGGGUCCCAAAGACCAAAGCAUAUCUUGACAUACUCCUUGAAAGAGAAGUUCCAUCAGAUAGGUCAUGUAUCAUCUGUGGGACAGAUGGUGUCUAUAAAUGCCAUGGAUGCUUCGGUGAGCCUCUCUUUUGCACAAGUUGUUGCAGAACCCAGCACCAGAGGCUUCCCUUUCAUCGGUUGCUUGGUCAAGAGUGGGAUGGUGAUCUGGCUCAGACAUGGAGGAAAUGCAUGCCCAUGGGAUGAUGAUGUAGGGGAGUCAGCUCUGUUCACUACAGGGGAAGGAGAUUCCGACGAUACGGAUGCCGAGAGCAUAUUGAAUGAACCAAAUGCCGAGCCAAGCACAAAGGAGGCCCAUGACCUACCGACCGGCGUGCCGUUCAUUAAGAACAACAAGGCCAUGACAACAAUAGUCGACAAGUCCGGAGUACAUACCCACAUCGUCAAGUAUUGCACAUGCCCAGAGGCCGACGCUGCCGAUAUACAGUUGUUUAACAUGGGUUUGUUUCCGGUGUCAUUCAUAGAACCAAAGACGGCAUUUACCUUCGAUGUCUUGAAUGACUUCUUACUCGACAACCUGGAGUGUGGGACUUCGGCAAUGAAUUAUUACAGCAAGUUAAGGAGGAUGACCACGAGCGUCUUUCCUCACUUGGUGACGGACCGUUACUGGGAGCUCAUGAGGGUGGCAAGACAAUGGCGGAAGUUGAAGCUCCUGAAGUGGAAUGGCUUCGGCCAUGAGGACAAGGAAGUGAGACCUGGCGAUCUAGCCCUCUUUUGUUCAGCAUGUCCUCAGCCAGGAAUUAAUGUCACAUUGCCUGCCGGAGGCACUGCUGAGGACAUCGAUGCUAACAAUGGAUCUGGUCGAGAGACUCCGAGUUGGUUAUACACAAGAUUGCUUGUCAUGGACGGAAACUUCAAAGCCGAGCAUCUUCAUGCCACAAAUCCCGCUGAUGAAGAGCAUUUGGCCAUUGCCAAGGAUGCCAUGCAAUGCUCGGAGUGCAACAACCACCACGCGGUAAAUUUGGCAAAUGCAUCUCGUCACAGAUUGGAGGCCACCGGCAUUGGCGGAUGUGCAUGUGCGAGGCAUGGUUGUUUUGUCCCGCACGCCAUGGUAGAUUUUCAGAAGGGAGAAAGACAGAUGAAUAUGGAUUAUGCGCUGUGCGAGGCGUUGAAACUCAACACUGAGGGCAUCCGCCGUGUAUUGACUUUCUAUGAUGUGAACUGUCAGUAUCAUAAGCACCUCCAGGACCGCAUCGCUGACAGUCCGUUGCUGAAGAUGCAUGACGAGCUGGAAAUCACCCCCGGCAUUGGACUAUGGCAUGUCCAUGGCCAUCAAGACAGCUACUAUGUCAGAUAUGCUUCCAAUUUCAUACAAGGCGCAGCCAGGAUUGACGGCGAGAUCAUGGAGACAUUAUGGGCACCAUUAAAUAUAAUCUCACUGGCGGCCCGUGGCAUGGGAACUCCUCACCGAAAAGAAUGCCUGGAUUACCAAAUGAAUGAUUGCAACUUCAUGAAAAUGAUCAGAAUGAGUGGGUGUCUCGUUUAUUCUGUGCAUGAAUCUGACAGCAGAGACCAUACAGGCAAAUCGCUUUGCCGAAAAUACAAGGAAGCUAUGAAAGGGGUCGCCGACAGCAACAUGGCAUUUGAGCGGCUUGAUGAGACUGCCGAUGCCGAUAAAGUCAAAGAUUGGGAGGCCCAAGAGAGGUUGGCACAUGAACAGUGGCGCCAUGAUUCAACAGCAAUGGACAUUUAUGAAGUUCAACUGCGCAAAGCACCGACAAGAAAACAGCAAGAGUUAAGGUUGUUAACGGCGCAAGGCCGGCGGCCUGGCGACGUGCGCCGGAGAGGUGCGGCAACAUGGCUGGCAGAGGGCCUUGCUAUCGAGGAAGCCCAGGUCACGCUGCAGAUUGAUGUGAGAAAGCUCGGACAUCGGGCAACAGAUACUCAGCGAUUGGCGAUUGGUCGCUGA